CGAAAUCCUAGAGUCUCAGACCAAAGAUUCAUGGAGAUCUUUGACAUCUACAGUUUUUUUUAUAAUAUACAGUAUGUAUUUUGAGAAACUAAUAAAUAAAUGUAAUAUUUUUUUGAACAUAAUGAAUAUAGGCUCCGAAUGGUAACUGCGGUUUAAGCGGUGACCGACAAGCGGUUUAACUGCGAUGCAGUUAUAACAGCUAUAAAAACGUAUAGAUAUAUGAUAUACGUAGAGAUUUUUGUUACUGUUAACUGCAGUACGGGAGGGAGCGUUCGUAACAUUCAAACCAUAGUACUCCCUCCGUUUCAAAAUAAAUGAUGUUUUAGAGAGUUUUUGAUGUUUCAAAAUAGAUGAUGUUUUCAUAUUUCAAUGUAGUUUUUAAUUUUAUCAAAAACUGUGUAACCAAUCAUAUUUGAUGAUAUUUUUUAGACAAAAAACAAGUUUCUUAAUAGUUGUGUCCCAACCUAAAACUUCAAGUAUUUUGAAACAGAGGGAGUAUUAUUUUCUUAGUGUAAGAUAAAUAAAUAUAAUAUUAUCCAAUCGUAAUACGGAAGAAACUGAAUAGCCUUUUAAACCUGCGAUACACCAAUUCCAAACACAGUCUCUAUCUCCCUCUCUUUCUCUCUCGCUACUGGAUCUUUCAUUCAAGUGAGUAGACUAACUGGCUCAAAAUGAGUGAACUCGGUCUUGGAACCCAUCAUGCCACGCCUGCAUCACCAGAGACGACGACAUUUCUCGAUUUGCUCCGACAGAUAGACGUCCACGAUCACACCAGGAGAAAGAAACGGACUCUUAAGGAACGGCUAGGAUUUAAAAGAAUCGGCUGCUGUGGGCCCGCUUGGGGACUCCGGUUAACUAAUAACACUCGCGCUAGAGAAAGAGACGAACCGUUCGGAACCGGACUCGUUUCCGAGUUGGAUCAUGUAACGGGUCGAAUGAAUCUUGCAACUGCGUUAGCUGCGGAAAGGCAUUACCAAAGAGAACCAACGGCAGCAUCAUCUGGGAGUUCGACGCCGUUACCAGUGUCGUUAAUGAGAUUGCUCGAGGAAACGGCGGAGAGAGUUGUCGUCGAAGGGACGGAAACGGAGAGAGUAACGGCGUCGUCGACGGUUAAAGGUAGUGAUUCAGUGUGCCGCGUGUGCAUGGGAAGGAAGAAAGGCGCGGCGUUUAUCCCAUGUGGACACACUUUUUGCAGAGUGUGCUCUCGAGAGGUGUGGCUGAAUCGAGGAUCGUGUCCCCUCUGCAACCGUCCGAUCAUCGAGAUCCUCGACAUUUAUUGACGAUUUAAUCGUGCACGUGACUUCGGUGAUGGUGGUGCGUCUAGAGAUUCACGAGAGUGUUAAUUACGUUUUCUAUGUUUCCGUUAUUGGAAAUUGGAAUAAAUAUUAUUGAAGUUCAAAAGUAAAACUAUACUCCAGCAUGUCAAUGUCGUAAUGUUUGGUUCGAACAUAAGUUGCAGCCAUGUCAUGAUCCUCUUGAAGUUCUUUUCUUUUGGUAAAAUGUUGAGAACCUUUACGAAAAUAUAUAUCAAAACAUUAGAUGUUGUUUUAGGCUCAAAGCAAGCAUCUUUUUCUAUCGAUCGAAUAAAAGGAACCAAGUGCAUCUUACAAGAAGUGUGAGGUAACAACACCAACUCAGUCAUGUGAGGAAAUUAAUUGAAUAAAAAACUGAAUGUUGUUACCUCAUCAAAUAAGUAGGGAAGCAUCUUACGAGAAGUGGAUUUCUUAGAAUGGAAUUGCUUAAUUAUAUUCCCUUUUGUGUUGCUCAUUUUCUUUUGAGCUGAUUAAACUCAUCAGUAACCUGUAGAUCAAUCAAGUUGGCCUCGCACUCGAGGAAACGUAUACAUUUGCUCAUCAUUUUAUACUGAGUUAUUAUUUGUCCAUUUACAACUUUCUCUCGAUUUACGGUUUUCCGCGAACCCAAAGCUGGGAUGUGACACGGAAAAUAACACUAUACUGAAUAUGUAAAAGUGAUUAUCGGUGUUAAAUGUAUGUAAAGAAAACUAUUACUAUGAAAACAUUUUUUUUUUACAAAAUGAUUUGUGUGUGUAGUGACUUUCAUAGUGAGGCAUGUUUUCUGAAACUGAAUGUAGAUAUAUUAUGAAAUUUACAAGAAUUUAGGAUACUAACACAUCUAGAUCUAUCUGAGUUGUAAGGAAUUAUUUAUCGAUUAGUUUCUUAAUUUCUGAUACAAAGAAUUUAAUCACAAAAUUUCAGGCUUGUAAUCGGUGUAUUUUGAAUGGAAAACGUAUUCCAUAAUUUCCAUUAUCAAUCAAAGAGGCUAACAAUGUUGUAAGAUAUUUCUAUGUACCGAAUGUCUCAUAUUCCCUAGAUUUCUUAUACUCCAAUCUCUCUCUAGCAAUUUUCGCUUUUUGUUUUAGGGUUAAGGUUCUUGUGCUUUGUACUUCUUCCAUUUUGUAUAUAUCCAGCCAAGAUUCUUUGUUUCUUUUUGUUGUAAGAGCAUCUUCAACUCUUCUUCAUUUUUCACUUUAAAAUAAAGUCUAGAGUAAAAAGAAUUUCAAUCCAGUUUUAUUUUUCAUUUUAUAAUAGAGCAUGAAAUAGGUUUAUUUUAUAAAUGGAAUAACUCAUUUUUGUGUUCAUUAUUUUAAUUUUCACUUUAAAUAGAGUAAUAUUGGAGUUGAACCAACUCUAUUAUAAAAAAAAUCAUUGGAGAUGAUCUAGUACAAGCUGACAUAGGGAACAUGAUUACCAUGCUCUGUUAUCCUUUAUUGGGCUUGAUAUAAAGCUUAUGGCCAAUCUGUUACUUAAUAAUGUUAAGUUCAAAAAUGAAGUAAAACUGAUCCCACACAUAAGUAGAAAGAAUUUAGAGCGAAUUCCUAAGUGUGAGUAUUUGUGCAAUAUUUUUGUUAGGUUUUAAACUUUUGAGAAGUUUUGUAAUGCCACUAAACUUCAUGUUUUAGUACUUGCAUGUAAAAAGUAUGGGUUAUGCCCUGAUUUGUUUAGCAAUUGUUAUUAUUCAUAGUUUUACCAAAAAAAAAAUCAAACUUUGUUGUUUUAUUUGCUGGGUUUUUGUGUGUAUGCAUGUUUUUUUUGUUAAAGAAAAUUUAAGAAUGACAUGGUUAUAUAUUAUAUUUGGAAUUUAAGAUUGACAAGUCAAAUAUAAAGAAAAUUUUAAUAAUUUAAAAUUUUAAUAAAAUUAUAAAAUAAAUAACAACUAAAAUUUUAAAAUCCAACUUCAAUAAUAAUAUAAAAGAAAACAAAAACAAUAUAUUCGUCCAAUAAAUACCUGUCUCGAAGCUUCUAAAUCCAACAUGCUAUUUGCAUGGUGUUUCCCAAACCAAACAAAUUCUCUCCCACACAAAUAAUGAGACAAAAAUCCAAAAUAUUCUAAAAUUAUUUAUUUUCUACAAAAAAGUUAUUUCCACAAAUUUAUAAAUUUUCAGCAAUCUCGGCAAAAUAUCAAAAUCCGUAACAGAAAGAAAACAAUCCUUGCCUCACACGAGAGACCAUGUCGAUUCCCUGACGGUUACCUUAACCACACAAUACAUCCAUCCAUCCUUGUUUGUUCAAUAAAAGGGGGUAUAUAAGUCAUUUAACUACACUCAAACAUUAUAAAAAAAACGGCUUAGACAAAAAAAAAAAA